AUGGCUUCCAGGACAUGGCAUUUCUUGCUCGCCCUCUCCCUCCUCUCCUCCGCCGCAUAUGGGCAGCUCUCGCCGUCCUUCUACGCCACGAGCUGCCCCCUGCUGGAGCUCACCGUGCGCGCCACCAUGAUCGCCGCGCUCCUCGCCGAGCGCCGAAUGGGCGCCUCCCUCCUCAGGCUCCACUUCCAUGACUGCUUUGUUCAAGGCUGUGACGGAUCCAUUCUUCUGGAUGAUGUGGGCAGCUUCGUCGGCGAGAAGACGGCCUUCCCGAACGUGAACUCCGUGCGCGGCUACGAGGUGAUCGACCGGAUCAAGGCCACCGUGGAGCUUGUCUGCCCCGGCGUCGUCUCCUGCGCCGACAUCGUCGCCCUUGCCGCACGCGACGGCACGUUUCUAGGCGGGCCGAGCUGGGCGGUGCCGCUGGGCCGGCGGGACUCGACGACGGCGAGCCUGGCGGAGGCGAACGCCGACCUCCCAGGGCCGACGCUGAACCUCGACCAGCUCAUCCGCGCGUUCGACAAGAAGCAGCUGACCCCGCGCGACCUCACGGCGCUCUCCGGCGCGCACACCAUCGGCUUCUCGCAGUGCCAGUUCUUCCGCGACCACAUCUACAACGGCACCAACAUCGACCCGGCCUUCGCGGCGCUGCGCCGGCAGACAUGCCCCGCCGCGGCCCCUGCCGGCGACGCCAACCUGGCGCCGUUCGAUGCGCAGACCCAGCUCGUCUUCGACAACGCCUACUACCGCAACCUGGUCGCCCAGCGCGGCCUGCUACACUCGGACCAGGAGCUCUUCAACGGCGGCUCCCAGGACGCGCUGGUGCGCCAGUACGGCUCCAACCCGGCGCUCUUCGCCGCCGACUUCGUGACCGCCAUGAUCAAGAUGGGCAACAUCGCCCCCCUCACAGGGGCCAGCGGCCAGAUCAGGCGCAACUGCAGGGUCGUCAACAGUUGA